GUGGCUCAAGGGUCCAUUUUUCAACAUCUAACAUCAGAAGGCAACAGCGACUGACCAAAGCUUACGCAAGUGUAAGUCCAGAAACAUCAAAUCGAAUUCCAACUCAACCUAAGAAGGCUCGCUGGCUCGUCGCUCUUCUUCCUUACCAGCAUCGGGACAUUUCAGCUACACGUCACACACGCCAAAUUGAUUUGCCGGCUCGGCGCUUAAAACCCAUCCCAUUUCUUGGUCCAUCCGUCAGCAUGUUAAUUAACUGAACCAAAGGAUGUUGCCAGGUCGUCGACCGUUCAAAGAGGUCAGCCUCAACGUCACUGGCGCGCAGUCAGUCAAAGACCGCUUCCCGAACAGAAAACGAGAUCAUCGAGAGGACACAAGGACAUCAAACGUUCCUUGCAACGUGACCGGGCUAUCUCAUGUCUAUAAUCUUUACUUUGUCGCCUAUCUUGGCAAUAUCUUCGUCUACGAGCCACAGUUUCCAUCACAAAAUAUCGAGCAAGAGCCAGUCUUAGUUAUAGAAACAGACAAGAGGCCUUUUUCACCCAAAGAUCAUGAAAUUUAUGGAGUCUACGCAAAUCAAGGUACCCGAACAAUCAACAGACUUCUGGUACAGCGACUUGGCACAGAGGAGGUAGUCGCAGUUGUCAGAAAUGAUGGCGAUGUGGAAGCUUACUACACACGGCAUAUCCACCAGGCUAUUGAGAAGCGAGCUCAUGAUAAAAAUACCCUCGGAGUGUCCGCAACCGACGUCAGACCAUUCUUCCAUAGGACAGUUGGAGAUAGCGCAUGGGGAUUGGCUAUACAUAGCACGGCUCGCAUGAUUGCUGUGAGCGCCAACACUCAUUGGACGACAGUAUUUACCUUUGCCCUCACCGAUGGCGAACCAGAUGACCAAGAGGAUCCUCCAGAUGGAGAUGAUGUGCAUUAUUUUGCGAUGCGCGGAACGCCACCACCGAACGACAGACGGAAGAACGAUGUACGUAUCCUGGCUCACUCGGGGGGAAAGCAGAAUCUACCGGAUAUUGCAUUCUGCAACACUAGUAACGAUCCUGCCGGCAGAUGGCUGUUGACUGCCGACAUUCUCGGAACUGUGGCCGCGUGGGAUGUGCACAAUCUGCAGCUGAUGCAACUCGUCAACACGGCCAUGAACCCCCCUCUCUUUCCAAUUCCAUCAGGAUACAUGGACACGCGGAACGGAGUCUGGGGUCUUAUGUUCCUGGACCCUUUGUCUUUCCGGGCGGCAGAUACAGUCAAAGAGGCCUUUGGCAUUUCUCCUCGUCAAGUCGGUUUCGAUCUGCGAAAAGAAAAGGACAGUGCCAUUUGGGACUUGAGCAGAACGAUGGAGCAGAUCGAUCAUGUGCGAAGACCGUUCAAGGAUGUUGGAAAGCCAGUCAAGGUACGGAACGGUAACUAUGCAGAUCCGCUAGAAACAUCAAGGCAAGCGCCUAAUGGAUCCCCAAUCCCGGUAAAUGGAUCGUCUCGACGAGUCCACGUGGAGCGGGAGGAUAACAGCAGCGAGGAAGACAGUGAGGGUGAUGAUGAAGACGAUCUCGAAGAUGAAGAUGAUAGCGACGUCGACUAUGCCUACGACUCAGCCGAAGAAACACAUGUGGCGGUGCAGCGACGAGACGGAACCAUCUAUCAGGUCGAAAAGCCAAGACCUGGAGCACGCUUCCGACGCGGUGAGGGCUUGUGUGGCGAUCUGCCCUGUCCCAUCAUGCAACUCUCCUUCCAAGACGUCUACCUCUACCAACCCUCCCUCAACAACAAAGCCUGGGACCACUUCCCCAUGCCUUCCAUCAGACGCCUUUUCCGACAAGAAGUCCCCGCCAUCUUCGAAUCCCCUAAAUUCGGUCGCAUAAGCAUGUACACGCAGAUCCCUAGCUUGGGUGUCGUAAUCAUAGCAACACAAAAGGGCCGUGUAGCCAUCUUAUCACUAACCUCUACCACAACAAAAGUGCUCGAUUACGCCCGCUUUGACCCCUCACAACUUCCAACCGAGAGACCACGGAUAGAGAAACGUGUGUAUGGCUUUAGAGUCGAUCAUAUGUUACCACUACCCAGUCAAGAAGAAGCCGGUCAUCGACCGAAAGCAGGGAUUCAUGGUAUAGCAGUCGGACCUGUACAAGGCACCGAGCAUCUCGAGGAUGGACUCAAGAGAUGGCGGUUGAUGGUCCAUUAUCAAAACUUCGCAAUGUUGGCUUAUGAGAUUGGUAAGCCGAGGAAGGAUACACUGGAUUUGAGUUUGACGGCUCUGUGAUGGAUGGAUGUGUGUUUUUGCGAAUUGCUAGAUCUUUGUGACGACUAGGGGGAUAUACAUGAGACUUGAUUUUCCAGGAGGUACAAGGCCCGUACGUCUAUACCUGCAAACCUGUAUAUCUGUCUUGUUUAAUCAUCUCCCGGGAAAAAGACUCGAUAAGCAUCUUCUUGCCUUGUCGACUUUUCUACUGGAGAAGUUGCACAAGUGAGGAUGUGAUCGUAUCGCUAGGGAGGGGGGGGGGGGGGGG